UAAACUUUGAUCAAACAAAUCUGUUGCUUCUUCAUCGAUCUUUCCUCAUUUUGUUUGACACUUUUGCUAAUUGCUUUUAUUUGCUGCAACCAAUAUGACUGGUGGUAUUGGAGUUCCAGCUUGUGUUCAAUGUGGCACUCAUAGCAACCCAUGCAGGUGCAAGUUUGUUGGCCCAACACUUGGGUUCUUGGCUUUUGUUGUUACUGCUAUUGUGGAAUGGCCUGUGGGGGCUUUGGUGUAUUGCUUUCGCCACACGAAGGGUCGUCGUAUUAUGGCUCAUCCUGCUGCAGUGGUUUACCCUUGUGUCUCUAAUAAAAUUCCCAUAUGAUUGGUGAAAACUAGCUUCUGUUUGGUUUUUUUGUAAUGUGUAACUGUGUGUGCCUAUGUUUUCUGUGUUAAUCUGCUUGUAAAAAUAUAUAUAUCUCAGUUUGUGUGUAUGUGACCUUCUUUUAUACGAUAAAGGUCACUUCUUGUUCGAAUUAAACACUGCUUCCGUGAAGGGAAUAGAUGCGCUGAUGCCUUAGCAAGAUUGGUUCCAACCAAACAGAGGAUUUUUGUGUUUUUCGAAGUCCGCCUGUGGACAUUGUUGAGCUGCUAAAAGCUGAUUCUGAUGGCUUGUACUUAAAUAGACUUUGUACUAAGCCUAUUCUGGUUGUUUAGUUCUAGGAAUAUAUUCCUUUUUACCCAAAAAAGAAAAAGAAAAAAGAAAUAAAAGAAGUCACUUCUUGUCAA